CUCUUCUCCUCCACCACCACCACCACCACCACCAUGUCGUCGCCCCCCCCCUCCUCCGCCGUCAACGUCGCCACCCUCCUUCUCGUCACCGUAGCCGUCGCCAUCGCUCGCUGCCACUUGCAACAGAAGCGAAGUAACGAACCCCCGGAGCCCGGUCCGAGAUGGAGCCCCCCCACGUCGUCGCCCUCCGCCACUGAGGCCAAGGACUCUAGCCGAUCGACGUGCCCGAGGGCGGCCCACCACCGCCACCCUUCUCGACCGCCGUGGGACGCGCCGCGGGUGUUGCGCGCGUGGGGGGACCCGACCGUGGCGGCGAUGGGUGACGCGGCGGCGCCCAAGCCCGAGGUGAAGCUGGUCACCGGCGACGGCGGGUACGUCCUCGAGGACGUGCCGCAUGUGUCGGACUACCUCCCCGAUCUCCCGACCUACUCAAACCCACUGCAAGAUAAUCCGGCGUACUCGGUUGUGAAGCAAUAUUUUGUAAACCCAGAUGACACCGUCUGUCAGAAGGCCAUUAUUCACAAGGAUGGCCCAAGAGGGAACCACUUCCGUCGUGCUGGGCCUCGACAGAGGGUCUAUUUUCAAUCGGAUGAGGUCUCUGCAUGCAUUGUCACAUGCGGAGGACUGUGCCCUGGACUGAACACUGUGAUUAGGGAAAUUGUAUGUGGCUUAUAUGAUAUGUAUGGUGUCAGUAGGGUACUGGGAAUUCAGGGUGGGUAUAGAGGUUUCUAUGCUUGUAACACCAUUGACUUGACUCCAAAGAGUGUAAAUGACAUUCACAAAAGGGGUGGAACUGUUCUUGGGACAUCACGUGGAGGCCAUGACACCACGAAGAUUGUUGACAGCAUCCAGGAUCGUGGUAUAAAUCAGGUUUAUGUAAUUGGUGGCGAUGGCACUCAAAGGGGUGCAGGAGUGAUUUUUGAGGAGGUUAGAAGACGCGGGCUUAAGGUUGCUGUUGCUGGCAUUCCAAAGACAAUAGAUAAUGAUAUCCCAGUAAUUGACAAAUCAUUUGGUUUCGACACUGCAGUCGAGGAGGCUCAACGGGCAAUAAAUGCUGCUCAUGUAGAAGCUGGAAGUGCUGAGAAUGGUAUAGGCGUUGUAAAGCUAAUGGGUCGAUACAGUGGUUUCAUUGCACAUUAUGCUACUCUAGCCAGCAGAGACGUGGAUUGUUGCUUGAUUCCAGAGUCACCUUUCUUUCUGGAAGGUGAAGGUGGCCUCUUCAGACAUCUGGAGAAACGUCUGAAGGACAAUGGUCAUAUGGUUAUUGUUGUUGCGGAGGGUGCAGGGCAGAAACUUAUUGCUGAAACAAUGCAGUCAAUGGGGAAAGAUGCUUCAGGCAAUGCGAUGCUUCUUGACGUUGGUCUUUGGUUAUCUCAAAAGAUAAAGGAGCAUUUCAAGAAAAUCAAGACUACUAUAAAUCUGAAGUAUAUAGAUCCUACAUACAUGAUACGUGCCAUUCCUAGCAAUGCAUCUGAUAAUGUGUAUUGCACACUGUUGGCACACAGUGUGGUUCAUGGAGCCAUGGCUGGAUACACUGGUUUCACAGCUGGCCAAGUGAACGGUCGCCAUUGCUAUAUCCCGUUUUACAGGAUCACCGAGAAGCAGAACAAAGUCUCAAUUACUGAUAGGAUGUGGGCAAGACUUCUCUCCUCGACCAACCAGCCAAGUUUUCUCAGCAAGAAAGAUGUCGAUGAAGCGAGGAUGGAAGAGGAGAGAGCAGCCAAACCUUUUGAUGGGCCGCCUUCCAACCCCAAGGUCGCUUCCAACGGCAAUGCUGUGAAGUGAGGCUGAAUGUUUACUGAUCUAUUUGUGCAGAUGGGAUUAGUGAUCAAUAAUAUUAGUACCUAUCUAUGGCUAGUGAGAUGGAUUAGUACUCAGUUAUGUUAGUAGCUAUGUCAAGUGAGAAUGGAUUACCAUAAGUUAUAACUUGGUUAUAAUAGUAGCUGUGGCAAAUGAUGCUCAGCUCCCCCUGUCCAAAAUCAAAAUGCUGAAUAAACCUUCUCUAGCAGGCUAUCGUCUGUAUAUUGAUCUUA